UUCGCGGUUCUGCGGAGUGUUAACCCGGGGAUUUCCAGUUCCGCGAAGAUUUUUCAAGUUUCCUGGUGGCGACGGGCUCGUGUUCUGAUGUUCCCGUUCAUCUGCGUUGGAUGCCUGCUCAUUAUCUGCUCGUUUUGGACACCGUUCAUGAUUCCUCAAUACCGGCAGAAACAUGGUGGAUUCAAAGCUGGGAUUGGGAGCUUCCUCGCCGACGCAAGUGUUCUCCUGGACUUGGCGAUAAUGGCAAAUGCGUUCCUGCUAUUCAUCGGCAACCGCUUCUCGCUAGCGGACGUCCUGCUCAAGUUUGGGCCCGUCAGCGCUCACACCCACACAGUGACGUCAUUCUCCAGUCCGUUGUACAUUCUGGCUGCUGGCUUGUGGACAAACAUGAGGAUGAGCCAGGUUAAGAUACGCCAGAUGUCACUGCUGGGAGUUGGAGUGUCCUUAGCUGGUCUCGCUGUUGCCGCGUCCUUGGAGAAGUUUCUCGACGACCUCGAGGAAAAGGUGGCCCAAGUGGCGCUCCUAGACCUGGCGCGGCGGGCUGCUGAGGCGAGUGGAGCCCUGGACUAG